AUGGAAGAUAGUAGUGAAGGUUCAGAUCAAGAGUUAAGUGAAGAAACCUUUGGUAAGAAUUAUGGCUAUGGCCUUGGAUUUUCACUUGGAAUCCUAGUAUUACUAGCAAUCAUAGCAUAUGCUACAUAUUUAUGCAUCCGAACGCGAUCGCGCAACAAUUCUAACGUGCCUAAUUAUAAUCAAUCUUCCUCUCAUGGCAGCUCUAUGACCACAAUUACAGUUGAUAAUGGUUUAAAUGAAGAAAUUUUGAGAAAUUAUCCAAAGUUAUUGUAUUCUGAGGCUAAAGUUCAUAAAGGAGAGUUUGAUGUCUCUGGAUGUUCAAUUUGUUUGGCUUAUUAUAAAGAUAGUGAUUUACUUAGGAUAUUGCCUGAUUGUGGCCAUAUUUUUCAUGUCAAGUGUAUUGAUCCUUGGCUAAGGCUUCAUACAACUUGUCCAAUUUGUAGAAAUUCUCCACUACCAACUCCAUUAACUACUCCUUUGGUUGAAGUGGUUCCAUCUGCAAUUUAG